AUGCACACCUUUGGUGAGCAGCUUAAUGGUAUAUGCUCUAAAAAGGCUGCUGGGGUCGGUGCUCGCACAGCCAGAUCACGUGAUGAUGGGAAGAGCGUGCUCCAACAUAUGCUCCUUGCUGUUAGUAUGAUUCUCGCUGCGUCUAUUGGACUAAUGUCCACCUCGACCUACUUCUCUUUGGGAAAGGCCGAUCCCGUUAAUAGAUUGAAUCCUUCUGACGUCGCUCACAUCUCGAAUAGCAUGCGUUUUGUUAUUUCUUCCGAUGUUACACCAACAUACAAUGCCAUCCUAAAGCUCGUGGGCCACCUCUGCAUAGGAAUUUCACUGUGUACUGUCGUGCUUCUCUGCUUGCUGUUCGCCCACUGGAUAUAUGUUUUACCGUCCUGGAGUGUUUUUUGUAAUCUAGGCAUAGCUCUUGUCGCGACCCUGGAAUACCUUGGCAUUUCCAUUCACCUCAGUAUCAUCAGCUCCCCACAAAUCAGCAGGAUUGUUUCCUUCCCACGGACAGUCCUUCUCCAAGCGGUUUCUAUGGCGACAGCAAUCGUCCUCUUCAUCGCCGCAUCUUUGUUUUCGGAUACGAUGCACAGGUAA